GAUCUCAAACACACUUGACUACCCCCACUCAAAACAACUCAUCAUCCGCCUCUUGUGCAUCUCUUUCUCUGUAUAAAUAUCUCUUUCUUUCCCAUCAUUUAAUUCAAGAUCUGAAUCACAGACACCCCUUUUCACAUUCUCUCUGGUUUCCACUCAGAUAUGUGCUUUUGCAGCUAGUUCUUGCACUUAGAUCCACUAAACCCACUUGAAAGGUAUAUAAUACAGGUAUAUUUUCUGUGAGACAUGGCUACUGGAAAAUACUCCCGAGUUGAUGGGAGGAAGUCUACAAAUUAUUGUUCAACAGCCACAAUCGUGGUGUUUGUUGCUCUUUGUUUGGUUGGGGUUUGGAUGUUGAUGUCAUCAUCUGUCGAUCCUGUUCAAAAGUCUGAUUUGUCUUCCCAAGAUUCCAACACAGAUUUCUCUUCCCAGGAUUCCAAAGCAGAGCUCAAAGAGAAGGUGACAGAUAAAUUUUCUAACCAAUUUGAAGAUAGCUCAGGUGAACAAGCAGAAGAUGCAACAAAAGAAGAGAGCAAACCUACAAAAUCUGAGGAAGAGAGCAAUUCUGAAGUCAAUGAGACAGAAACUCAGGAAACUCAGGAAGAAAAGACUGCAGAGGAGAGUUCUGGAGGAAAUUCUAAUGGUGAAGAGGAUUCUAAAAAAGAUGGCGAAGGUUCAGAUAAUGAAGAAUCAAAUUCAGGCGGAAAAGAAUCGAAUCCCAGUACUGAAACAAACGAAAAUACCCAAUCAGAUUCAGAAAAUGAAAAGACUGAGACUGAAUCAAAUUCGAAUGAGGGUGGUGAUAAGCAAGAGACUGAGGAAAGUGUAGAGGAACCCAAAAAGAAAGAGGAUGAAAAGUCAAAGGAGGAGUUUCCUGCUGGGGCCCAGUCUGAGAUUCUAAAGGAAACUACCACUGAGAGUGGGUCUUGGUCAACUCAAGCCGCUGAGUCAGAAAGUGAAAAAAAUUCACAAACGUCUAAAUCGACCAAGGAUGCCAGUGAUUAUAAGUGGAAAGUUUGUAAUGUUACUGCUGGUCCAGAUUAUAUCCCAUGUCUUGACAAUUUGCAAGCUAUCAGCAAGCUUCCACACAGGGACCACUAUCAGCAUCGUGAAAGACAUUGCCCAGAUGAAGCCCCGACCUGUCUCGUCUCUCUUCCUGAAGGUUACAGACAAUCAGUAAAGUGGCCUACUAGCCGCGAGCAGAUAUGGUAUUAUAAUGUACCUCACACUAAGCUGGCAGAGGUUAAAGGACAUCAAAACUGGGUUAAAGUUACUGGCGAUCACCUUACAUUUCCUGGUGGAGGAACUCAAUUCAUUCAUGGUGCUCUACAUUACAUUGAUUUCAUUCAACAAACUCUUUCUGAUAUUGCUUGGGGAAAAAGGACUCGUGUGUUAUUGGAUGUUGGUUGUGGAGUGGCCAGCUUUGGUGGAUACCUUUUUGAGAGAGACGUAGUUGCUUUGUCAUUUGCUCCGAAGGAUGAGCAUGAAGCUCAAGUGCAGUUUGCUCUUGAAAGAGGAAUUCCUGCCAUAUCAGCUGUAAUGGGUACCAAGAGGCUCCCCUUCCCAAGUAAGGUGUUUGAUAUGGUCCACUGUGCUCGUUGUAGAGUCCCUUGGCACAUUGAAGGUGGUAAACUGCUCUUAGAGCUUAACCGUGUUCUGCGGCCUGGUGGUUUCUUCGUGUGGUCUGCUACUCCAGUUUAUAGAAAUGAUACUGAAAAUGCCGACAUAUGGAAAGCUAUGUCUGAACUAACGAAGUCCAUGUGCUGGGAACUAGUAAAAAUUAGCCGUGAUGACUUGAAUGAAGUAGGAGCAGCAAUAUACCGAAAACCAUCAUCGAAUGAGUGCUAUGAGAAAAGAUCACAAAAUGAACCCCCACUCUGCAACAAAGCUGACGAGCCAGAUGCAGUCUGGAAUGUGCAGCUUCAAGCAUGCAUACACAAAGUACCAGAAAAAGUGUCAGAACAUGGUAGCCAGUGGCCAGAACAAUGGCCAAAAAGAUUGGAGAAAGCGCCUGCAUGGUUAAGUAGUUCUGCGGUUGGAGUAUAUGGCAAAUCAGCCCCAGAGGACUUCACUGCUGACUAUGACCACUGGAAACGUGUCGUCACUGCAUCAUAUCUGACUGGUUUGGGGAUUGAUUGGUCAUCAGUAAGAAAUGUCAUGGACAUGAAGGCUGUCUAUGGAGGAUUUGCUGCAGCCCUGAAAGACCUGAAAUUGUGGGUUAUGAACAUUGUGCCAAUAACUUCAGCGGACACACUUCCAAUAAUCUAUGAGCGUGGCUUAUUUGGCAUGUAUCAUGAUUGGUGUGAAUCAUUCAGCACGUAUCCUAGAACUUAUGAUCUGGUUCAUGCAGAUCAUCUCUUCUCUGAUAUCAAGAAAAGGUGCAAGUUACAAGGUCUAAUGGCAGAAGUUGAUAGAAUCUUAAGGCCGAAAGGAACAUUAAUCGUGCGCGACAAUGUGGAGACAAUAACCGAGAUAGAGAACAUGGCAAAGUCACUUCAAUGGAAGGUCCAGUUCACUUACUCAAAGGACAAUGAAGGAUUGCUGUGUGUACAGAAAUCAUUUUGGCGUCCAACAGAGGUGGAGACCAUCGCAUCAGCAAUUGAGUAGGCGCAACCAAAAACGGUCAUGUUAAGUUGAACAUGGCUGAAAUAGAAUAUUGUUUUGUUUUUCCAGCAUUCUCAUUCAAAUGCUAUAGAAAUAGUUUAAAUACCCAUAAUGUACUUUGUUAUACAUAAUUUGUUUGUGUAACGUUCCUCUGAGUCGGAUCCCUCAAAGUUAGAGGAUUCGACUCCUUGUUUUUGUUGUAAAAUUACAUUUUGUUACUCAAGGCAUCAAUGGCAAAAUCUACAUAGUAUUUACAUA